CAUUUGUAUCACAAUACAGUUUUCUGUUCCCAAAACUAGAAUCUGAUAUGAACAGAGUGGACUACAUUAGACUUUAAUCUUUGCUCAAGUUGUUUAAAAGGAGUGUAAAGGUGAAUUGAGUUAUUGCACACAGAGUAGGCGUUCCCUAACGGAAAUAUGCAGAUAUCUUCUUGAACGGGCCAAUAGGAUAGAAACAAUAGAACAAUAAGUACAGGACAAACGAAAGGAGGGUGCGGGGCCGUGAGUAUCAGUGAAGGCUUUAUUGAUUUUGUCCUAAAAUGAAGUUACUAAAAGUAAACUUAAGUUAUCGAAGUGCAGUGCCAUGUUUGGUGGAGCAUAGAGAACAAGGAGUGUAACGUUAGACCGGAACACAGACCAGCCGUCCGCUAGAUGGCAGUGUAUUCCUAACUCUCUCCUCAAGCUGCACUUUGCCCUACAGCCGAGCAACAGGUAAACACGGAAGUAACGCACUUGCUGCCAAUAAAAUACAUACAAAAAAAUCGAUAAUUUGACUUUUAAAACAUAUAUUUAAUGCCAUGAUUUUGUCCAUAAAUACACACAUAUUUAACUUAUUUAGUGAGGUCGUUAUUGAGCGUUAAAGUUUACAGGACAAUGUAUAAUAAAGCGUCUGGAUAUCAGUCUUUACCGCAACGAGAUUUGAUCACAGCCAAACCGGGGUUGUUCGUGGCGACAGAAAGCUUCGUCCAAUCUCCAUUCCACCAUCAUAAAGGACAUUCGUUUGACUACAUCCCCAAUGUUAGAGACAACGACUACAGUGACUCCACUCAGGGAUGGCUGUCCUGGAUCUGCAAUGUUAUUGUCUGCUUCAUGGUCUAUAUCUGCACCUUCAUAACCUUCCCCAUAUCAGGCUGGUUCGUACUGAAGGUUGUCCCUAACUACCAGCGCAUCGUAGUGUUUCGUCUGGGCAGAGUACGUCCUCCUAAAGGGCCAGGAGUGGUGUUGCUUCUGCCUCUUAUUGACCAAUGGCAGAGAGUUGACCUACGAACCCGGGCCUUCAACAUCCCUCCAUGCCAGGUUACUACCAGGGACGGAGGUGUGGUGUCUGUAGGGGCAGAUAUCCAGUUCCGUAUCUGGAGCCCGGUGAUGUCAGUGGUGUCGGUUCAGGAUCUUAACGCCUCCACACGCCUCACUGCCCACAACGCCAUGACAACCAGCCUGGGCAGGAAGAGCGUCAGGGAGAUUCAGACUGAGAGAAUCAAACUGGGAGAAUACCUUGGGAUGGACAUCAAUGAGAUGACCAAGCCCUGGGGUCUGGAGGUAGACAGGGUGGAGCUGACUGUAGGUGCUGUCCUGAAGCCCCCAGAGGACCAUUCAUCUGGGCCUGGCUCGGUCAUCCUACCCCCCUCUAUUCCUGGUCUCGAGGGCCUGGCCGGACCCAUACAACAACUGGCUAUGCACUUCCUGGGCAAUAUGGCUGGCGGUAACAAUGGAGCUCCCCUGGUUAGGACAGAGGACAGCAUCAGCUUCUCAGACGAGGUGAGCAGUGCUCCCCUGGCUAUAAGUCGUACCGGAGCUGUAACCAGGCCCAUGUCAGUGCUGGAACUGUACGAGGGCCUUCUCCUCUCAGAGUCUCUGGUCAGUCAGGUGGGAGCCUGCUUCCUGUUCCUCCUCCAAUCGCCUGACGGACAACAGACAAGCUAUUACGUAGACCUCAGCCAAGGUAGUGGCUCAGCCGGACCAGGGUCCCCUCCAGAGGGCCAGGUACCAGACGUCACCCUCAGUAUGACGGACCAGGACCUGCUGGCUAUGUUCGAGGGAACCCUACGACCCUUCGCAGCCUACUCCACUGGGCGACUCAAGGUCCAGGGAGACCUGAAGACUGCCAUGAAGCUGGAGGAAGUCAUCAAGCUACACCGGUCUUAACCACUGGCUUCAGACCUGUCCUUAUACAAAUACCAGGUCCUAGAAAUACAUGGUUCUGACCUUAACCACUGGCUUCAGACCUGUCCUUAUACAAAUACCAGGUCCUAGAAAUACAUGGUUCUGACCUUAACCACUGGCUUCAGACCUGUCCUUAUACAAAUACCAGGUCCUAGAAAUACAUGGUUCUGACCUUAACCACUGGCUUCAGACCUGCCUUUAUACAAAUACCAAGUCCUAGAAAUACAUGGUUCUGACCUUAACCACUGGCUUCAGACCUGCCUUUAUAUAAAUACCAGGUCCUAGAAAUACAUGGUUCUGACCUUAACCACUGGCUUCAGACCUGCCCUUAUACAAAUACCAGGUCCUAGAAAUACAUGGUUCUGACGUUAACCACUGGCUUCAGACCUGCCCUUAUAUACAUACCAGGUCCUAGAAAUACAUGGUUCUGACCUUAACCACUGGCUUCAGACCUGCCUUUAUACAAAUACCAAGUCCUAGAAAUACAUGGUUCUGACCUUAACCACUGGCUUCAGACCUGUCCUUAUACAAAUACCAGGUCCUGACGUUAACCACUGGCUUCAGACCUGUCCUUAUAUACAUACCAGGUCCUAGAAAUACAUGGUUCUGACCUUAACCACUGGCUUCAGACCUGUCCUUAUAUACAUACCAGGUCCUAGAAAUACAUGGUUCUGACCUUAACCACUGGCUUCAGGCCUGCCUUUAUACAAAUACCAAGUCCUAGAAAUACAUGGUUCUGACGUUAACCACUGGCUUCAGACCUGUCCUUAUACAAAUACCAGGUCCUAGAAAUACAUGGUUCAGGUCUUAACCACUGUCUUCAGACCUGUCCUUAUACAAAUACCAGGUCCUAGAAACACAUGGUUCAAGCCUUAACCACUGGCUUCAGGCCUGCCUUUAUACAAAUACCAGGUCCUAGAAAUACAUGGUUCAGGCCUUAACCACUGUCUUCAGACCUGUCCUUAUACAAAUACCAGGUCCUAGAAAUACAUGGUUCUGACCUUAACCACUGGCUUCAGACCUGUCCUUAUACAAAUACCAGGUCCUAGAAA